CGCAUGCGUUGCGCUGCGAGCCGUCGGGCAUUGACAGAGUCAAAUUAACAUUAAUUUUACAAAUAUUAAUUAUAAACCAUGAAACAAACUUAAACAAAAACAGUGUGCCCGUGAAUUAACAAGGAGUAAAGUGUUCAAGUUCGAAAUUAAUAAAAAUUAAAAAAGUUAUACAAAAAUCGAUUGUAAAAAGCGACUUUUCUUUAUUUUCUGGUCGGUUUUCUCGUUGUAAAUCGUCUUGGAGGUAUCGUGGGUGUUGUAAGUUUUGCAACAAGUGCAGUUGGCUAGUGUCGUGAACAGGUUUUCGGGGACCGUUGGGUUUUUUGUUGUUUAUGUACAUUUAGGUGUGUUGUUUUGCGAGUGUGUGCGGUGAGCGGUCGCCCGGCGAUGCUGCAAUCCCGUGCAAGAGGCUCAGGCUAACCUGUCAUUUUUGCAUGUUAUCAGACUCGGCGGUGGUGUACGGGCUGGUUUGCCGAAUGAUGUGUGGAUCGAGGCACCCGACAUGGCUGCGCUCUCCUGCUACCAGCCGUGCCGGUCGCACCUCGCGCAGCCCGCUAGGUGCCUAGACGAAGAGGAGGAGCGUUUGGCGUCGGCGACGCUCUCCCUGCGGCGCCGGCAGUUCGUGGAGAGAUGCCGCGAGCCGCGCCCGCGCCCCGCCAUACCUGAAGUCUCCGUCAAGCGGACGCGCGAAGAGCUAGCGAAGCAUGCGGCACAAAACCCGGUGAACCGCCGGCUCAAUGUGGAGUCGGGCUGGUCCAAGGUCGAGGAAGUGAGGAAGAAGUUCGAGAGGGCAGCGGCUGAACCCUCGUACUCCAGGUCCUUCGAGUCGCCGCCCAGACGGCGCCUAGCGGAUUCCCUGUUCGCGAGCUUCAAGCUGCCCCGCAAGAAGGACGCCAUGCUGACGCCGCGCGCCCCCGCGCAGCAGAAGCGCAAAAGCGCUGUCGAGAUGUUGGCAGAAUCUAAGGCGUUCUACGUCAAGUCUGAAACUGUUCUGGAUAGAAAACAGGAACUGCCUCUUAGGGUAAGCAGCGGUUUGGGCCAAGCUAUAGCUGCCGGCGGUUGCCAUCUGGUCAGCUCCAGUACGCUCAACAACGACUGCUGCAAUCCCUACGCCACGACUGGUCGCGCUACAAGUACGCGGCGAGCCGUGAGCGCGGGGGAAGGGCUCCAGAGCACAUUACGGAGGCUGCUGGGACAUGCAGACAGUAGGGAGAAUAUGUAUCCUCCGCAUUAUACACCGCACAAAAUCUACGCAGAGCCCAGACGCCUGAAAGACUACCCCGGAGACAGGCCCCCCGGGACCCUGUCCGACAGGCCCCCCGGGACCCUGUCCGGCACCUCCUCGUCCGGGUCCGGGUCCAAGCCCAACGACAAGAGACCCCUCAGCUUCGACGCGAGGGUCUUCUUCCCGGAGUCGUUCGUUAUACCGCGGCAGCAGGUGCGCGUCAAGAGCACCUACUCUAUACCCAGCUCCGCGUCCAGCCCUGAGAACAUCGAGUUACCUGAGCCGAUGUUAAGCGCCGAAGGUUCACCAGCAGCCGAGCCCAUCGACGCCAUAAGUCCCCCGGCGCAGUACGCCCAUUCUGCUCCUAGAUACAUCAGGUCGAAUUCGCACUCGCAACCGAGCAUGCGCGAAGAAGAUGGCUGCACAAAUAUCAACAGCCACAAGUCAUUGCCGGAUCUCCAUACACAAGCGAGGGGCUACCACGAACAUGCGGUAAGCGGCACGGACACCAUCGGCCGCUCGCCGCGCCGGCGCCGCCACUCCACGCACCAGCGGACUGCGUCCUGCUCUUCCAAAGGCACGAGGUCUAACCAUUCUUCGCUAAUGUCGAGCGAGGCAUUUUCGGAACAUCCCUCGCCCGGUGAAGAAAACUAUCAGUCUUACAAUAGCCGCUGCGGGUCGUCGUUCGCGCGCGACUCGGGCGGCUCGUCGGGCCACUACACGCAGCACAGCGCGCCCCCCGCGCCGCGCCCCGCGCCCCGCGACCCCCGCGACUCCGGCUGCUCCACCACCGACCGCUACGGCGGUUACUACGGCUCCUGGGCGGGACUAGAAGAGUGCUACGUGUCCGCGCCGCCGCAGUUCCAAGACGGCGCGCCGUCGCCGCCGCACGCGCCGCCGCCGCCGCUAUAUCCUCCACGGGUGGGCAUACACUUCCAGGCUAGCGCGCCACCCCCUCAGUUCCAAGACGAGCCUCCUCUAUACGACUACAAUGACUACGAGUGCGGCACUUACAAACCGCCCGCCAAGUGCCACGGGCGGAAGGAGUACGCCUCUAGAGAACGAGACUACAACAUGUACCACGAGAGCGGCGCGGAACCUAUCAACAAGCAACCGCAGUACGCAGAGCGACGCGCGCGCAUCGACGACUCACAGGAAUAUGUUAAUACCAGCCAGAUGUGUCCGGCCGAGGAAGUAACAUCUCCACUGGGAACGUUCAAACGUCAGCGCUGUUUGCGGUACAAGCAGCGGCGCCCGAGGCCUAUACUACGGUCCAAAUCAGACAUCUCGGACAGGUACCGGCGCAGCGAUGGGCGGAGCCCCGCCUCGGCGCCGUGCGAGGACGACUCGCCCGACAGCCCCUCCGAGGGCUCCGCGCUGCAACACUUCUUCGAGAGGCUCGGCUUGGAGCCCCGGCAAUAUGACGCGCUGCUGAGAGACGCUCUGCCUGACAGUCCCGUGUUCUUCUCGUCUGCGUCGACUGUGGAUUCUAAUCAGAUAGCGAAUGCUGCGGAUUAUACUGUCCAAGGCCCCGGUGUCCAAAAGCCGAUCUACCGGAACACCGAACCGCCAAGUGUGGUGGAGCGGAACGCGCGCAUCAUCAAAUGGUUGUGUCAGUGCCGCAAGACGCAGAUGCAGACGCCGCAGUGAACACGCGACCUUAACGCAAUGAGGACACAGCUUAACAAAUAUGACGCAGUGUGGACACAUCUUAAACGCAGUGAGGACACAGCUUAACCAAUAUAACGCAGUGUGGACACGACUUAAGCGCAGUGAAGACCGAGCCUAACAAAUAUAGUCUGGCAAACCAAUUCGUCAGUAGAAUAAAGCUGUAUGAGAAUUCCAUGAUGUUAUCUACCGUUUUCCCGUACAAAUGCGAUUUUUCUGAUGGUUUUCAGGUAGGAUAUGCAGGCAUGACAGGAGUUUGUCUGUGACACAUACUCAACAAUAUGUCCAGAAAAAGGUGCCAUUUUCAACCAAAAAGGCACUUAUUGUUGAUUGUUAAUAAGACGCUGUUUCCAUACAGCUUAAAUUUGAAAUCGACCUUAUCGACAAUCGACAAUGUGGUACUUUUGUUUGAAAACAUUACAAAAAUUUUUCGACCUUAAACACCGAUAAAAAAACGAAUACACGAAACAAAAUGUGUUUGUAUGUGACACCCCGUGGACUUCAUGUAACGUUGACCAUUGCUUUAUUUUUCAAAUUCGCCUUUGACUAAAUUGGUUUGCCAGACUAUUAAACACAGACGCAGUCGCAGUGUAGUCACGGCAUAACGGCAGUUAGCGUGGCAGUGGCGACAUAGCUUAUCAGAUAAAACACAGACGUCGCAGUGGAGAUGGAGACACAGCUUAACAAUAAUUAAAUGCAGUCACAAUGAGGACCUAGUUUAAUGUAUAAAUCUUAACAGUGGCAGUGAUAGCAUAUAACUUAAUAAUAAUAUUACGUCAGUGGUAUAUCACUCAAACGUUCGGACGUGCUCAACAAUAGCCUUAGAGUUAGAGUUAGACCAAGAAAAGUCUGUAACGAUUUUAAUAGCCCACG